UAUAUUAUUUCUUCAACUAAAUCUCCGUCUAAUAUAGCAUUAAUUUAUGAAAGAACUUUAAAAUCAAGAACUAAAACUACACUUUUGGGUUCUCUUAUAUUUGAAUUACAAUUAAAAAUAAAAGCAGUUGAUCAAAAACAAAUAUUAAGAGAUUCUUAUCAAGAAUUAGCUGCUGUAGAAUACCAUUUACCACAUGAAAAUUCUGUUUCUAAUGAAUGA